GCGCCCCGAGACACCGGCCGGCGAACGAAAACGAUAUCAAUUUACAUUUAGUAAGUUUAUUUAAUUCUGCGUGUAGGUACGCUGUGUCAGCGCGCAGUGGAUUGUGUUAAAUAGUAUUAAGUUUGUGGAUACAAAAAGUAUGAUGUGAACUAGUGAAUACUCUUGUUUAAAUACCUUGAUAGACUUAAGUAGUCUACAGACAUGGCGACAGUUAGGAAAUUAUUUGGAGCCCAUCGUGUGGCCUGUCGCCUCUUUAGAGAUGACCGCACCCUGCUGUCUUGUGUCUCCGUGACACUGGUCUCCAACCGUGAUGCUCAUGCGCAGAACAUUACCAAGAAUAUGAGCUACAUCAGCAAUGAACAAGUUAAACUUGCUGUGGACCCUAAUACGAUGAAGUUAACCAAAGACAUAAAGAGACCUUUAUGCAUAAUAAUGAACUGGAUGUUACAACGGCCUUCACACGUGAUGAAGUACGCUUCACUGUACCUGGAGCAGGGCUUCGAUGUGGUCUCCGUGUCCUGCACACCCUGGCAGCUCAUGUGGCCGAAGACAGGAUCCCAGGUGGUGGGUUCCAACCUGAUGAAGUUCAUGCAAGCCAACAGUCACAGCCCCCUGGUGGUGCACGGAUUCUCCGUGGGUGCCUACGUCUGGGCUGAAGGUCUGGUGUUCGCUAUGAAGGACAAACAGACUUACCAACCGAUGCUGGACCGCGUGGUGGUUCAGACGUGGGACUCCGCGGCGGACAUCACAGAGAUCCCGGUGGGGUUCCCCUCCGCCGUGUUCCCCAAUAAUAAGUUCCUACAGACCACAUUCAGGACUUAUAUUGUCUACCACAUGAAGAAAUUCUACGACACAGCGACCCGCCACUACGAACUGGCUUCACAGACCUUCCACCAGACCCCGUGUCGUGCGCCCGCGCUGUUCCUGCUGUCCCGCAGCGACCCGGUGGGCACAGAGCGCAGCAACCGGGACGUGUGCGACUGCUGGGUCGAGUUGGGAAUGAAGUGCACCUGGAAAUGCUGGGACCGUUCGCCGCACGUCCAGCAUUACAUCAAGCACCCGCAGGAGUACCUGGCCCUUCUCUAUGCACAUUUGGACAAACAUGGACUUAUCUCACAACCAGACAAGAUGCGGGCUAGGUUAUAGAAAAUUUGUUCGGCUUUUUGUCAUUAAUAAGUAGAAAAUGAAACUUCUUUUGGCGUUGUCGGUUACAUACAUACAUACGAAUAGCCGUCUAUAUCCCUUGCGGGGUAGACAAGGCCAACUGCCUUAAUAAUACUGAAAGGCCGGAAAACACGGCAAAAAUAAUAUAAAUAAGUGUGCCUUGGGCCUAGAUAUAAAAUAAUAAUAAUAAAUAUUUAUAUACCGGAGUUAGCCUCGAAGUAAGUUCGAGACUUUUGUUAUGAUAAACAAACUCAACGAUACUAAAUUUUAUAAUAAAUACUUUAUAGAUUGACAUCCAAGACACAGGCCAAUGAGAAAAAGUUCAUUUCUCAUCAUGCCCCGGCCGGGAUUCGAACCCGGGACCUCCAAAAGAAACAUUGAAGCUAACGAAUAAAGCACGCAUAUAUGAGUAAGAACUUUACGGCAAUAUCAAAUAAGAAAGCUUACGCCAUUUCGGGUCAACUUAUUUUCCGAGUAUAUAUUUUAGUAACAUUAAUGCGCGUGAGUCUCGUUGUUUGUUUUCGCUCAAGUUUCUGCAGUAAUGUACUAAAAGAAAUCAUUUCAAUACAAGAUAUAACAAGAGAAAAUACUGGCUAAAUUAUGGCGUGUUUUUAUAACAGGCCCUUUAAAUGAAAAGUUGUAUACUGAAUAAGUACAUCUAUCGUUAUGAAUGCCAAAUAAUAUUUUUAAGUAAAACUUUUACAAAUUAUUUAACUUUUCAAGUAAACUUUAACAAAGUUAUCUAGUCUAGUUGGCAAAGAAAUGAGCAUAAUUCAACACCGAAUUAUUCAAAUUAUAAAAAUGUCUACUUAUAUUUAAAUUAACUAACAUGGUAUAAGCAUUUUCUAGGUAUAAGGCUAUCUUUUUUCAUAUAUUUUUGUACUUAUUUCUUUGAAG